AUGACCCAGGAUAUACAGGAGCUUAGGAAAGCCGUCGAACUUUUCGGCGGUGCCGUUGUAUGCGCAGUCCCAAUGGGCUUUCAGGACGCCUCAAACUUCCGUGAAGUCCCAGACAACCAGGAGGUCUACGUCUCCAUGACCGAUGGCAACGACAUCACCGUAAUUUUCGAUAUUACGCAACGGGUCGAGGCGCCUAGUGGACCCUCUGACAUGGACGCCGUGGACUACCAUUUCGAGGACGUCGCAGUGGACCAAGAUCGCACUGCGAAAAUUUGGAACAAAAGAUCUAUCUCUGUCCCCCAUCAUUCUGAUAAGCCGGCUUAUCAGGUCAUUGGUACGGUGUCGGCGCGGCCGACUGAGCAGCCUACAGACCCACCGACCUUUAUCGCCAUCAUAAUGACGAUAUUGAGAUUGAAGGAGCAGACGGCCGAUAUCGUGAUCACCGUCAAUAUACCCUUCGAUAAUCCUGAAAUGGUGAGGAGCGAGAAGUGUAUUGCAAGCCCGACAUAUACUGGCGGCGACAUCGAUCCGUCAAGUGGAGUCAAGAGUGUGCUGUUGGAGUAUGGGAUGAAGGUAUCGCAAGAUUUAGUAAAUGCGUUCCAGAUUCUGGACUUCGGCUUGUUUUGCGAGGAUCCAGUGGAGUAG